AUCCGACUCGGGUAGUGUCUGUUGUGAUAGGGUCACUAGUGCGUCGCUGCCGACGUAGAGGUGCCCAGCGCACUGCGCGGCACUGCGCGCCCUGGGGUCCACGGUCUAGGGCUCUAGUUUUGGCCGCCGGCGCCGGUCUUCUGGCCCACUGUGGUGCGACGACAAGGACCUCAUGGAGUGGACCGCCAGCACGGCGUGGGUGGUGGCGUCCAGCGUGUACAUCGGCGUCAAGACGCUGGUGUACACGUGCUACGCGGCGGCGCUCAUGGCGUGCAGGCAGGCCUCCACGCGCCGCUGGCUCUUCUCCUACACUCGGCGGAUCGCGCCGCCCAAGUGCCUGCAGGACCCGGCCCUGGGCCAGCACGGCUACGUCACGGUCAAGGGCUUGAAGUUCCACUACGUCGAGAAAGGGGACAGGUCCAAGCCGUUGAUGCUAUUUGUACACGGGUUCCCUGACUUCUGGUACUCCUGGAGACAUCAAACGAAAGAGUUCAGCACAGACUACUGGACAGUGGCGAUCGAUUUGCGAGGAUGCGGCAGCUCGGCCAAGCCGUCUGAUGUUUUUGACUAUAGUAUGAUUCUUCUGGUGGAUGACAUCAAAGGGAUCGUAACGGAGCUUGGAAGAAAGAAAUUCAUCCUCGUCGCCAGCGGCUGGGGCGCAUUCAUAUCAUGGUGCUUCUUGGAGAAGUACCCAGAAAUGGUCUCCAAGUACAUUAUGAUGAACGGACCCUCAAUGAAAGUGUUUACCCAACUUUCAAAAUCCUUUUCCUCCGACCAAUCUUCCAGAUCGUGGUAUACUUAUCUUUUCCAAAUGCCGUAUCUGGGUGAAUUGUACCUGAGUUUCGACGACUUUGCGUGGGUGCGGGACGAAUUGAUACGCCACCGAAGUCCUUACGUGACGGAUGAAGACAUAGAAGCGUAUAAAUACAACUUAUCGCAGCCAGGCGCGUUGACGCCCCUGCUGCACUACUACAAGGCUGCCUACCGGACGAUGGUCCGCCAGGGCCUCUUCCCGGAGUACGUCAGCGCCACGGCCGCGGCCUCGGCCAAUGGCGAGCCGCGGCCCCCAGGCCUCUUCAUCUUCGGGGCGCAGGACUUCGCGCUGGACGUCAAGUGCGUCGUCAUGCUCGAGUUCUCCGUCGAGAACCUCAAGACGCUGGUCGUCAAAGAAGCGGGCCACUUCGUCCACCAGGACGAGCCCGUGGUCGUCAACCAAGCCAUGCGGUCAUUUCUUCAAUAACUCGUUGUGAUAUUAAUUCAUGCUGUACAUAGUUCUUCGCCUCAAUACACCCUCA